ACGAAUUGUCUACGCCGUAGCGUUGUAGUACCGCGAUAACUAAUAAUAGUAGUAUAAUAGGCAAAAUGUAAAUCACUAUGAACAUUGCAGAGAGUCGUAGUAUUUAUAAAAGCAUGGAAAACGGCAGCAUGGAUAAUUCAGGAAAUUAUCAAAUCUUUUGUAAAAUAUUAAAGUCCAUUCGACUUAAAGUGAAUUAUUGGCUUUACAAAAUUGUAUCAAUCAACUUAACAAUGGUUAUUGCAAAGAUAUACGAAUACGAAGAAAACGCGAUUAUCCUUGUUUACUUUGUAUAUAUUUUGUGUCUUUCUUUUGUUCGUAGUUUAAUAGUUAGCCUGUGCGUAGGCUUUGGCUACUUCAACCAAGAAUCACUGACGCGCGUUAAGGUCAUUAGAUGACACUAAAUAUUCUAGAGUUGUAGCACUUCUUUGUAUCGUAAGAUUGGUCGCAUAUAUCGAUACCGCAAAUGACGUGAAUAAACCUUGUAUUUAUACGUAGUAAAAGAUCAAAAAGAGUUAUCAAAGAUUAUGGAAAAAAUAAUUUGUAUUUUUUGGUAAACAUAACUUUAAAACAACAAAAAAUUGUUUAAUGAAUAUUAAUAAUUUUAAUAUGAUCGCCAAAAUAUCGUCACUCUCACCAGCAGGACUUUCUUUAAAUGAAAAUAUAUAGUUUGCCAAGUAUGAAAGCACUUUGCAUUCUGGACACGCGCGCUUACCGCGUGCCUUGCCGCCCAAAGGAUCACGUAUAAAUACCAAGCCCAUUGAAAAAUUAAAUCAUUGUUGCUCCAUUAACCGGCCGGGCCGAACGUCUAAUUAAUCAAAUCUAAUGACAAAGUGAUAUAAAUAAAAAUGAAGUGUGUGUGCUUACUUCUGGCUUCCGUAGCGCUCGUGAGCGGAUACAGCAUCAGAGACAAUGAGAUUGAGACGGCGCGCUUACGGACAAGUGAUGAGUUGCUCCAGAGUGUGAUCAGUGAUUGUUUCGAAGCCGCAUCCCCCAUGUCCUGCCUCAAAGUGAAAGUUCUCUCCUUCUUCGACACUAAGCUUGGCGUCAGCUCCGAGUCUGCGAGGGCUCUCGAUGACAAGAACAUCGAUAAAGUGAUCUUCGACCGCGUCGGCAAGUACCUCAGCAACAAUGAGGUCAGGUUCCAGCUGCCGGAGUUCCUCUUCGAAGGUGCCGAGGUGUCCUACAGAGCAGACAGGGGCUUGGAUGUGGAGUUCCCCAAGACUGACAGUGAAAACGGUGAAGCUCGAGGCAUCUUGAAGAAGAAGCUGCUGCUGCCCGUCCUUCUGCUGCUGAAGCUCAAGAUGAAGGCGCUGAUGCCCAUCCUGGUGGCCAUCAUCGGUAUCAAGGCCAUCAAGGCUCUGAUCCUCAGCAAGCUCGCCAUCACCCUCGUCCUCGGAUUCCUCAUCUACAACUUGAUAAUGAAGAAAGGAGCCAUGCCCAUGAUGAUGAUGCCGCCUACGGAAGCCGCUCCUCCCGCUCCCCAAUACGGUCCCCCGGCCUCUCAGUACGGACCCCCCUCGACAUCUGCUCCCUCCGCCCCCCAGGACUCGUACGGGCCUGCCUGGGAGCCAGCGAGCAGCGGCCCCUACGCCCGUGUGUGGGACCCCUCGCAGCUGGCCUACAGCUCGUACUACCCCAGUGACUCCAGCUCCUCAGCUGCCUCCAACCAGUCUCCGAGCUACUCCAGCGUGUCAUCCGUCUCAUCGUCCAUCUCAUCAUCAUCAUCAGCCACACACUAAACGAAUUACCUCAUGUAAAUAGCACGGGAAACGCAUUGUACAUAGUGUUUUGACGCACGCACCAAUGAAACGGCUAGGGUCUAGAAGAGUUAUUUAUUGACGAUAUUUAUUUUUUAUUUAUUGAGAACAAUAAAGAAACUGUCGUUUUACUGAUGGUAAA